AUGUCUUUCUCAACCUGUCUCCUCGAAGUUGGGCAAUUGUGGAGAACCACUCUGUCAGCCGCCUGUCUGCCCUACGGUUUUGGGCUGCACCCCUAUCCGUAUUUUAGCAGGACUCCAACUCGCAAGUGUCUCUCCCGCAAGCAAAGGCAUACCAGCCAUGGGCACACCUGGCCAAACCAGCCCAACAAGCGAUGGACAAAGCUCGCACUGUGGUCACCGCCCUCAAAAGAGGAUUUUGAUCCUCGCAGCCGGUGCCGGGGCGAAAACGGCCUCCUCUUCUUCCUCUUCUUCUUCCUCGUUCUCAUCGUUGUUGUCGUCGUCCGACAACGUCACCGUGGGUGUAUCAUUACCAUCGCCGUCGCUGAUCACGAACAGGAUGAGGAUGGCACGGCCUUCCAAGGCCUCCAGCGCAGGUUUUGGGACAGGAAGGCGCCGCCGCCGUCGCAGUACCAUGCGCACUCCCCCGAGAGGGAGAAGGCGGGCACGCUCAAAGAACGGAUCAAGGUCAUCCCUAUCAAGCACAUGGCUUGGUGCCGUCCGCUUUGCAAAAGUGUCAUCCAAGAUGCGCGUGGUGGUGUGCGUUGGGUGGAUCGCUGUUCCCAUCUGCACGGGGUGCAACUGGCCAUUCAAGCAAGACAUUUUUCUCUGAUCGCCUGA